UUUCGAGGCUCUGAGAGAGCGGCAACCUCCUCUCCGAUUAUUUUGGCAGCUCGCACUAGACUUGGCUGGCUUUGGGCAGUGUUGCCUUGCUGUGCGGCUUGGUUACGAGUGAAUGGACCAAUUGUCUUGUGCAUUAUAGUCUUCUGGUUGCCAGACUGAACUGGUUCAGGCCCGUUUGUCGGCUCAAGAACAGCACGUCCCUUUUACCGACCCAGCAGGGCACUAUUAUCGAAAAAUUUGACACCUUCCCACCUCAAGACCAUGGCUGCAUCAACAAAACCCAAGCUCCGGCUAUUCAAGCCCGAGGUUCUGCGCGGCCUGGCAGAGCACCAAUAUAGCGUUGAAGGUCGCUCCUUUUUGGAUCGCCAACUGCAGGUCCCCAGUUGGGCCUACGUCUUGACGGCGCUGGGACUAUUCUUUUAUCAAACCAUGGAUAACUUGGAUGGCAAGCAGGCGCGACGCACAGGCAAUGCAUCUCCAUUGGGAGAACUCUUUGACCAUGGUUGUGAUGCCGUGUCCACCGUCGUUGUCGUUGUUGGCGUGACCGUCAUGCUACAGACGCAUGACAGCUAUGCUGGCUUUAUCUUGGUUGUGGUCGCGGCUGCGAUCUACUAUGCCACGCACUGGGAAUGCUAUGUCAAGGGCCGCCUCAAAUUUCACGAGGUGGAUGUGACGGAGACGCAUUAUGUCAUUAUCGGAGCCAUGCUUUUGACGGCUUACUUUGGCGAGGAGUUUUGGGACUGGACUGUGGGUGGUCUGAGCUUUCGCUUCUUCUACCUCUUUGUGCCGUACAUUGCCAUCUUUGGCACUGCCAUCACCCUCGUGCUCAGCAUCUUUGAGGGCGGCCCCGGACCAGAGGGAACUACUAUCGCGGAAACAAGCAUUUUGUCGCCGCUGAUGCCCAUGUUUGCCCUCAUGCUUGGCGUGCACAACAUGCAAAGCUAUCCCAGUUAUGCCUCGAUGCCGGCCCUCUUCAACCUAGGCUGGGGUUGUGCCUCCGCCAAGCUCACUUGCAAGCUCAUCGUGGCCCAUAUGGCCAAGGUACCCGUGGCGCAAUUUGAUCCUGCCCACUUGGUGCCUGUGGUCUUUAUGAUGACCGAGUUUACGGGCCUGAGCCAUCAAGCGCGCUGUGGUGCUGCCAUCGCCUUUUGGUGUAUCGAUUUUUUGAUUUAUGCCUUUUGCGCCGUGCUGGACAUUUGCGACGGCCUGAGUCUCAACUGCUUUGUUGUUCGCAAGGACACCAAGGGACCCAUCAGCAACGGCAACAACUUGCACAGUCACACCGAACACUUCAUCAUGAUGUCAAGCAGUAAUCACGGCCAGCAGCUGGCCGAUCUGAGUUCGCCCGUGGACAACAAGGACAGUCCUGCGACGACGGCCGGCAGCACGGAUAACCUCGUGCCACUGGAGGGCGAUGAUUUUGCCACGUACAUGCGACAACUAGAUGAGAUUGGAUACUGUCCCACGGAGCUGACUGCCCCCAUCAUCGAGGGGGCGCUGCGCGACCUCGGCGCUCACACCACCCAUCCGCUGCAGGUGCUGGAGCUGGCCGCCGGCUUUGGUCUGACUGCUGCUCCCAUCAAAUUCAAUAUGGCUUCGUUUGACUUGUACCAACAUUUCGAGCAGCCCGACCGCGACGACCACGCCGACGCCGUCUACUUUAGCCGCCAUCAGAAGCGUGGCCCCUUGCCUCUGGUCGUGGGUCUGGACACCAAUGCACAGGCCCUCGCCUAUGGACUCAACAUGCACCUUUUUGACAAGAUCCUCGAGCUCGACUUGGCACACGGCAAACUGCUUGCCGAGGAAGAAAGCAUCAUCGCUCACAGCGACAUUAUCCUGGCCACCGAGCCCAUGGGCAGCGUCACGAGUGAGGUCCUCCAAAACAUUAUGCACUGCUUUGCCAAGAGCGGACGUGCGCCACCGCUCUUCAUCCUCUUUCCCCUGCUGUGCACCGACACAACCUCCCUGAUCAAAGCUUUCCAGGACCAGGGCAUGCUGGUCCAACACGCUGUCGACGUGGCCAUCCCCUUGCACCGCUUCCGUACCCAGGCCGAACGCCACGACGUGCAACACCUCGAACGACAGCUUCACCACCAAGUACCACGUGAUGACAAGACUCGUGAUACCCAUUGCCAUGUCGCCCCGCUCAUUGCCAUGCCCCACGAUUCACCAGUGGCCCAUCGCUGGACCGAUUGGGUGCACCGUGACGUCCAGCUCUGA